UCACUCGGGGAGCCAAUCUACUCCCGUUGGUGGCUCCUCCUCCUCCAAGGCUGUAUAUUUGGGGGGCUUUUUUGAGUCGUGAAGACAAUAUGGACUUUAUAAGCGACCGAGAUGUGCAAAAGUACUUGGAGGAUGGCUACGUGGUCCUGGACGAGCUCCUGACACCUGAUGAGUGUGACGAACUGCGUCAGAGGAUGUCCGAGAUUGUGGAUGUGAUGGAUGUGCCGGCGCACUGCCGCACCACCUUCUCCACGUACCAAUGGCUUCACUGUUGUGCUUUUGACUUGCAGGGAAACGCCGACUAUUUCAUCACCAGCGGAGACAAGAUCCGCUUUUUCUUCGAGAAGGGAGUUUUUGACGACAAAGGAGAAUUUGUGGUGCCCAAGCAUCGAUCGCUCAAUAAAGUGGGACAUGCGCUACAUGCCUUUGAACCUUUGUACACUAAAGUCACGCAUUCAGCCAAAGUUCAGGGUAUAGCCAGGAAGCUUGGGCUGGUUCAUCCGGUCAUUCUGCAGAGCAUGUACAUCUUCAAGCAACCUGGGAUUGGCGGAGAAGUGACGCCACACCAGGACGCCACUUUCUUGUACACAGAGCCCCUGGGAAGGGUGAUGGGCCUGUGGGUGGCCUUGGAGGAUGCCACCGUCAACAACGGCUGCCUGUGGUUCCUCCCGGGCUCGCACAACAGCGGCGUGACUCGCCGGAUGGUGAGGACGCCGCCGGGCACCUUCCCCCUGACGGACUUCAUCGGUACGGAGCGGGACUAUGAUGGUGACAAGUUUAUCCCCGUAGAAGUUAAAAAAGGUGGCGUGGUGCUGAUCCACGGCCAAGUGGUGCACCGCAGCGCCGAGAACGUGUCGGAGGACUCGCGCCACGUGUACACCUUCCACCUCAUGGAGGCCCACCACACCCGCUGGAGUCCAGACAACUGGCUGCAGCCCACAGAAGAACUUCCUUUCCCGCCUCUUUACACCAAAUGAGGAACAGGAUGAUGGUUCGUUCCCAGCUUUUAUGAAAACCAUUUAUACCAAGAAAUGCAUAUGAUUGGGGGGGGGCGGGGGGGUUAAUGAUUACCACGACUGAUAUUUGUACAAAUGAUAAUUUAUUUUCAAGUACUUUCACAUGAAUGGAAAUGAAAUUUCAUCGGGUCCAUCAAUCGCACAUCGUGAUGCGCUCCUCAUGCAACGCGACGUGAUUUUAAAAUACAGGAAAUGAAUAAAAAUGCUGGGAUGUUCUCGUA